AUGACAUUCGGCGGGAGGCACCCCGAGAAAUACGGUGAAUGCAGCAAAGAAGAGGCCUUUGCCAUGAUGGAUUUCUUCUACGACAAUGGUGGCAACUUCUUCGACACAGCAAAUUCUUAUCAAGACGGCCAGUCCGAGGCCUGGCUUGGCGAAUGGAUGGCCUCCCGCAAGAAUCGCGACGAGCUUGUGAUAGCCACCAAGUAUACCUCCGGGUAUAUGUUGCACUGCCAAGACAAGAUCCAAGCCAACUUCGUCGGCACGGGAACCAAGUCCAUGAACCAUUCAAUCAAUGAAUCUCUGCGUAAGCUUCAGACCACUUACAUCGAUCUGUUCUAUGUGCACUGGUGGGACUACACAACCUCGAUUCCGGAAUUGAUGCAGAGCCUCAACCACUUAGUUGUGUCAGGGAAGGUGCAUUACCUCGGGAUCUCGGAUACACCUGCCUGGGUCGUGACCAAGGCGAACGCGUACGCCCGUCAGCAUGGCCUGCGGCAAUUCUCGGUGUAUCAAGGAAAGUGGAAUGCCGCGAGGCGAGACCAUGAACGAGAUAUCAUUCCCAUGUGCGCCGACGAAGGGAUGGGUCUGGCCCCGUACGCGACAUUGAACGCUGGUAAUUUUCAGACGGCUGAAGGUUACAAGGCCCGCGAGAAAUCAAAUAAUGGCCGCAAAUUCAUCCCGGUCUGCGCACGGGAUAAGCAAGUCGCCGCCAUUCUGGAGAAAAUCGCUAACAGAAAGGGUGGAGGUGUGACGCUGUUGAAUAUCGCGCUGGCUUAUAUCUGUCAUAAAGCACCUUAUGUCUUCCCAAUUGUUGGUGGUCGAAGUGUCGACCAUCUGAAAGGCAGCAUUCCUGGUUUGGCCGUCUCACUCUCGAACGAUGAAAUUGAGGAGAUUGAAACCGGUUAUGAAUUUGAUCAUGGAUUCCCUCAUAGCUUUUUAAGCGGCACUUUGUUCGACCAUUCCCACCCACGAGGGGCUGCCGGCCCUGAGGAUGUGUGGUUGACCAGGCCAUGUGGAACUUUUGACUGGGUUGAGCGUCCGAAACCGAUUAAGCCUAACCCGUCGACAUAUAUGUUGGAAAGUUUGAAUCGCGAUUGA